AAGAUUGAAGGAUAUUUAAUAAUAAUCUUUUCAGUAAUCUGUGCAAUUUGUUUUAGCAUUUUAGGAGGUAAACGAUUACAUUUGAGCUAAAUCCUACGUCUUCUUAUUUUCCCCGAUUGACACCCAUGUGUGGCCCCGAGAGCAAACCUGGGUUUGUAGGACCCAGCAGACCUCCCAGCCCCCGGCUUCACCUGUUCGCAUGCACAUUUCUUCCCCUUUUUUUCACUUGGGAUUGCCUUCCAUCGCCCCAUGAUAAUGACAAAAAACCUCAUGCCUAUAACAAUGCUUUCGUACGCGGGUUGCAGCUUGCUGAUCCUCUCCGCGUCUCUCGCCGGUGCCUCCCUGGCCGAGAUGGUGUUCCGCUGCCCGGGCUGCACCGCGGAGCGCCAGGCACUGUGCCCAAAGCUCACCGAGACUUGCGCAGAGAUAGUGCGUGAACCGGGCUGCGGGUGCUGCCCCGUGUGUGCCCGGCAAGAGGGCGAGGCGUGCGGCGUGUACACCCCGAGGUGCGCCACCGGUCUGCGUUGCUACCCGACGCCCGACUCGGAGCUUCCCCUGGAGCAACUGGUGCAGGGCCAGGGGCAAUGCCGGCGCAAAGUGGACACCGAGACGACCACUUACAGCCAGGAGCACCGGGAGCAAACCAGCGGUGAAGCUGUGGAGCUGCUGCCUGAGCAGGGUGUGAGUGAGAUCCCAGCUAUCCGGAAGCCCAGUAAAGAGACCACCUGGCUGGGGCCCAAAGAGAGCGCUGUGCGCCAGCACCGGCAGGAGAUGAAGACUAAGAUGAAGAGCAACAAGGUGGAAGAGGUGAAACCAACACGACCCAAACAGACUCAGUGUCAGCAGGAGCUCGACCAGGUCCUGGAGCGGAUAUCCAAGAUGCCCUUCAGAGAUAACCGAGGUCCCCUGGAAGACCUGUACGCCCUGCACAUCCCCAACUGUGACAAGAGGGGGCAGUAUAACCUCAAACAGUGCAAGAUGUCUCUUCAUGGUCAGAGGGGCGAGUGCUGGUGCGUCAACCCUCACACCGGUCGACCUAUCCCAUCAGCCCCCACCGUGAGGGGCGACCCCAACUGCAGCCAGUACCUCAGAGAGCUGGAGCUGGAGCUCCCCGACAUGGCCCAGAUAUAGUGUGGCACAAAAGAAAACAAAAGGAAAAAAAAAACUGUAAAGUACAUGGGAACAAAGAACAUCUGAGUAAGCUAUAUAUUAUCUUUCUGUGUGUAUGUGUCUCUAGUUCACUUGAUGACAGUGACAAUUGAAAUCUUAACCACCAAAAUGGAUUAAAUGGUAGAAUCCAGCUUGCUGAGUAGGAUGUAACUGCAGAUUAAUUUUUUGGUAAAGAUAAGACUCCUUUUUUUUUUUCUCCCUCAUAGAUACCCAGUAGAGUGUCAGUGCUAUACUAAUUGUGACCAAUUUGCUCUGUAAUCAGUGUUUUGUACUGUAUGUGUUGGAAAAGCCUUCAACAUAUUUGGUGUUUUUAGGUGUGUUUUCAUGUCCUAGCUUGCAGACUACUGUUGCGCCUCAUGCUAUACUGUAGGCUUUGAAUACACAUGGCUUCUAAAACACAGUAUUAAAGAUGAAAUGUAGUACAUGUUGGCAUUAAAUGUUCAACACUAGGGAGGACAUUAUUUUAGACUGCCUAGUGAUUAACGGGUAAAGCUAUUAAAAUGAUAAUAAUU